AUGGAUGUCUCGGUAGACUCGGAUAUCCUCAAGCAACUCAACACGGCUGAAGCCAAGGACCUGCAUGACAUCAGUGACAGCCUGAGUGCGUGUGGCGUCGGCAAAAUCGUCAAUCUCCCUCAAAUUAUCGUCGUCGGGGAACAAUCGGCAGGCAAAUCGUCGGUACUAGAGGCCAUCUCCCAUGUCCGCUUCCCUGUCCAAGGCGGCCUCUGCACGCGUUUUGCGACAGAGCUGGUCCUCCGUCAAGCGCCCGAGACACGCGUCGAUGUCAGUGUGAGGUUCGCCGAUGAGACAAAGAAGCCCCAGGCUUUCCAGAGAACCGGUUUCCGUGAGGAUGAUCUUCCAGAUAUCAUCAAAGAAGCCCAAGAAUGCAUGGGUUUCACUCGGGCCGGGCGGGAUUUCUCCAAGGAUGUCCUACGCCUUGAGAUCCAAGGGCCCGGCAUGUAUCCCUUGACUUUGGUCGACCUUCCAGGCCUCUUCCACGCAGAAACCGAGACACAGUCUCUUGCUGGAAAGGAAACUGUUGAUCAGCUUGUUGAGUCCUACAUGAAACAAAAGAACAGCAUCAUUCUAGUGGUGGUCUCGGCCAACUCUCAGCUCGCUAGUCACGUGGCCCUUCGCCGAGUCAAAGAGAUGGAUCCAAAGCGACAGCGCACUAUUGGUGUUAUUACCAAGCCUGACCUCACUCACCCUGGGCUCGACGAUGAGAAGACGUAUAUCAGGGUCGCCAGGAACCAGGAGAAUGCAAACAAACUUCAACUUGGCUGGCACGUCCUUCGCAACAGAUCCGAAAAGGAAGCUAGCUUGGAAGCCCGGGAUGAGGUCGAGGAGGAGUUCUUCAAGGCUGGUGCCUGGGCAACGAUUCCUGAGAACGAUCGCGGCAUUGCAAACCUCCGAAGAAAGCUGAGUAAGGUCUUGUAUGACCAUAUUCGCAACAGCCUUCCAAGCGUCGUCGAGGAUAUUGAGAACAGUCUCAGAGAACGACAGGAACAGCUUGAUAGGCUUGGAAAGCCGAGGGCUGAUGACGCCGAGAAGAGGCUGUUUUUGGUCUCGAUCGCCGGUGAGUUCCAGCGACUGGCGAGAGAUGGCAUUCAAGGCCGCUACAACGAGCAUCGAUUCUUUGGAGAUUUGGAGGCCGAAGACCGCAAACUUCGUGCGCAGCUUCGGAGCUUCAACCGUGCCUUUGACUACAUUCUCAAGACCAAGGGUUCCAAGCAGCUCAUCGUGGGCGAUGACGAAGAGACUGAAGAGCAGGUCCAGUACCCUGACUACUUGGAGGCCUUUUUGGGGCAAUAUGAGUUUCCGGACCCAGAGAUGAUUACCACGACGGAACUGAACGCGCAACUCGAGAAGCACGCUGCAGCGAAUCUGGGACGAGAACUUCCAGGAUCAUCCAACACAGACCUUGCAAUUCAGCUCUUCAAGAAGCAAGCGACUCCAUGGAAAGAGAUUGCCGAGUGCCACAUCAGACAGGUCAUCGAUAUUGCCAAAGCUUUUGUCGAUGACCUAUUCAGUCAUGUCGCCGGACCACCAGGCAUCAACCGAACGACCGAGGCUAUCUUGACGACAUGCGUGGACCCCUUCUUUGAAGAGAAGGAGAAGUUGCUCCAGGACAAGCUCGAGGAACUCCUUCGACCCUACGUGGAAGGCUAUGCUCUUCCCUCGGACGUCGAUUUCUACAGUUCCUUGUCCCAACGGGCCAUGAGCCGCUUUGCUAAGGCCGAACAGGGUGAAUUUGGCACAGAAAAGGUCAUUGAUAUGAUGCAGGCUUACUACGAGACGUCUCGACGUACCUUUACCGACAACGUCGUCAACUUGGCCAUCGAGAGCUGCCUCGUGUGCGAUAUCCCCAACAUUCUCACUCCGACAGAAGUCAACUGCAUGAGCGAUGAGAGACUUUCAGAGCUAGCGGACGAGUCAGAAAACACCGUUUCUCAGAGAGAAACGCUCCGAGAGGAGGUCAGGAUCUUGAGCCAAGGCCUCGCACUUUGUCGACGCUACAGACCCAGGCCAUCCACAGGUAAGCAGGUUCCAUGCGUUCCAAGGCAGCCUCGACUAACUAGAUGA